AUGGUUCCUGAGGCUGCGGGGCAGCAAUCCUCAACUUCAGCCUCAGCUCAGCCUGAAGUAAUACCGCGAGAUGACAAAACGGCCAUCUUUCGACCUACUCAACGAGAAAUCCGAGUUCUCGAUCUAUUGCCCGGAAAUACCGGCGAUCAGAUUGAAUGCAAGGUCCGCAUCAUCAGUCUAGAUGGCAAAGAACAGUACGAAGCCUUGUCGUAUGUAUGGGGUGAACGCAGCACUCCAAAAGAGAUAGUGGCAUCUGGCCAGAAUGUGUCUGUCACUGAGAAUCUCUACGCUGCUCUCGAGCGACUGCGCAAUCCGCAGCAGAUACGCACAAUUUGGAUCGACCAGUUGUGCAUCAACCAGUCAGACAACCUCGAGCGAUCGAACCAAGUCGCCAUGAUGAGGGACAUCUACAGGAGGUGUUCUGUAUGCGUCAUCUGGCUCGGAGAACUAGGCGAUGUUGAUAGUCAAGCGGCUACUGCUGUGUUCGGCUUUCUCAAGGAAGUCGCAGCGAUAGCGACCACCGAGUACCUUGGCCUACCAAUCCUGUUCAGACAGACCCCAGAGGGAGAAGCUGCACGGAGAGCCUUUGCAGCGUUCGCCAUGGAUGUUAUUCCAAGCGCCAGAUCAUAUGAUUACGAAACACCUGCUUCACUGCUCUUCGCAAACGUCACGUUCGAUUUGAUCCAACUCGAGCAAGGCCUCAGGCCUUUUAUUGGAUCCAGCGAGAUGUCACACAAGACUAUGGGCCUUCCGACAUGGGCUAUUGACUUUGCAACCACCAACCGCCUUGGCAGGCGACAACUGAAGUGGUGGAAUCACUCUCAUCGCUAUCGACAGUUUUCUGCAUCUGGUGCGGAAUUGGUGCAGGCCAGUCUCUUGGAUAGAGGAAUAAUACUGUCACUUAAAGGGUCAUUUGUUGAUGAGAUAGAAGUAUGCAGCGAUGUCUAUGAAGUACCUGACAACGUGCCGUUCGCUUCGCACAAACUUUACAACACAGUGAUGGAUUGGACCAAGCUCCUGGACGAUUGGCGUAAUUCGCACGGAAACCCAACAGAGUACACGUCUGGUGGGUCAUGGAAAUCAGCGCUUUACAAGACGGUGCUGGGUGACCUCAUCAUGGCAGAAUAUCCCAUCGAACGCGCGAAACCCCUGCAUGAAAAGUAUCUGGAAAACUUGUGGACGUCACUUCUUCUCGACAAGACUCAUAACUCGCUCUAUGAGUCGUUAUGCGGUAUAGUCCCGAAUCAAGCUUUUUUCAUCACUAAGAAAGGAUACAUUGGCGUUGGACCGCCAGAUGCACGCCCUGGGAACGAAGUCUGGGUAUUGUACGGCGGCCAAGUACCAUUCGUCCUGCGCAAAAUCAACCGAAAGUAUGACAUGGAAAACGUCCAUCGGAGAGAAUUUGUAGGUGACGCCUACACUCACGGAAUCAUGGAUGGAGAAGCAAUCCAAGCACACCACGAGACUGAAACCAUAUGGCUUUCAUAA